AUGUUAUUCUUAUCUAUCUUAAUAGGAUAUUGUGUUGCUUAACUCAAUUUGACUAUUGGAAUUGAUAUAACUAACAAGGAAUCAUUAAAUUAUUUAGGAAGACUAGAAUAAUAUUAUGAAUAAUUUGAAGAAAAAGGAUGUAAUUCUCUUAAAUAUCAAUUAAGUAAGCAUAUACAUUCUGAAUCACAUCUUACCAUGUUAUACUUGUAAACAAAGACAUAAUUAUACUUAACCUGAACCAAAUUGUUUUGGAGGAGGUAGAUAUUGUUGUAAGUAAUUUUGUAUUCAAUUAGAAUUUUCCACUUAUGCCAAUGGUCAAUUGGUGCUUACAGAAAUAUUAAGAUAGAACUGCUUAUUUACAAAGGAUAUUUACAUAUUUUUAAGUUAUAUCAAUUUAUUUUAGUAAGAAUGUGUAGAAAAUCCACAUUACACAUUUUGCUCAGAUAAUAUUUUAAAAAAUAUAAUAAAUUACAAUAUUACAGAGAUUGAUGAAUGCAUUAAUGCAAGUUUUAUAGGAAAAGGAGAUUAAGCUUUAUUAGAAAAUUAAAUAUUGGCUUAAGAAAUGAAUAAAAAAUAUAAUUAGAGUUCUCUUAAUGUUUAUUUAGAUAAUAUUGACAUUACAAAUUUACAAUUUAAUGAGAUGAUUAUCUAAUUAUGUUAGAAAUUAAAUAAUGAUCCACCUGAAUAUUGCAAUAUAUAUUCUCUUGUUGAAAAAAACACUACUAUAAAAUUAGAUGAAUAAAUAUUCUUUUACCUAUUUAUUGUAAUACUCAUACUCUUAAUUUUGAUAUCUAUAAAGAUGUUAAAAAAAGUGAACUAUGUUAUUUAGAACAAAGCCUCAAUCCCUAUAGAAGAGACUAUUGGAAUUAUUUCAGAGGAAAAUGUACAAUGA